AUGCCCCGCAGCAAGGGCCUUCUGAAGCAAUCCGGCAUCGUCAAGAAGCGCCGCUCUCCCCCGAUCAACCACACUGGAGACCAUGCUAUCGAGCGAGUCCUCUUGCUCGAGGACAAUCUACGCGAGCUAUCGACUUCGGAGACACGCGAGUACGAGUCUCGCCGCCAGGCCCCCAAUGACACCGGGCGCUGGCAACACGUAUCGGAGGCUGACAUUUGUGGUGGUGGACGUCCUGCUCAGAGGCCGUCCCGCCUGGCUGCAACCAACAACUACCAUCCCGCCGCUUUGGUGCUCGAAGACGCCACUCUGGUUCUCGAAGCGGCAGAUAUGGACAUGAUGGACGUCAGCUCGACGGAAACCCAGAUGAACAACAGCAUUGCGGACUUGACCUUUUCCGUAAACCAGCGGACAGAGGUUGACCAACCGGCACUGUCGACUUUGGACGAUUCAUCAUUCGAGGACUUGCUGUCAUUCUUGAACACCAGCGGCAGCCAGUCAGCCACAUUUCCUGUUUCCAGCGGACUUGGCGGUGUGACACUAGACGUACCUCCCCUCUACGACUUACCAGGCCGAGGCACGGCCUUCCUAUCGCAGGAUCCCUCUGGUUCCGAUUCAACAGCCUUCUUCUCUAGCCCGCUGCUCACUUCGGAAGGGAAUCAUCAAGCUAUUGAUAUGCUCUUGCCCUCGGGUCUCGCCGCUGUCAGUAAUGGCGAGGCCUUCGCCCCAGGUGCUCUUCAGAUCCAAAGCGGAGGCUUCACAUCUCAGGGCUCCUCGGAUCUUCUGGACGUCUUCUCUGCGCCCCACGAUGUGGGGAUCUAUGACACGAACACGAACCAGCACCAGGGUUUCGCUGGCCCGGGUCCCAGUACCUCUAUCGCAUCUGCUUCGCAAGGGGAAGACUUCGCAGGCGUGUCUCAAGAUUGUUCCGGGUUGGAGACCUUCUUUUCCUCUUGCAACAUGGAGGACGGCACUCCUCAGGCUACGAACACCCUGAGCUAUAGCUGGGGUUCGACCGUCGACGAUGCCAAUAUUAUCUCCACUACGUCUUCUAUCCCGUUCAACAACUACGUCGGUGGAACGUCUGCACCUUCUGCUGCUAAUGCAGACGCGCUCUAUGCAUCAGGAUCCGCAGAGAUCACCAUUGAGAUGGGAGUACAUCCUCCCGUCAACGAGUUUCUCGACGGUAAUGAUGGCACAGAACUCACCGGAGACGUUUCACUGAGCGGAUUAUUCGACAUCAUGGAGCCGACGCAGAGGCUAGAUCAUGUUUGGGCAGGCUUCGGGGACCACGAGAUCUGCGGGUCUACUCCUGGACCUUAA